AUGUUGCUCUCGCGCUUGUCGUGGCUUGCAUGUCUGGCUGGCUCGGCGAUCGCCACUUCUCCGGAGCAAUGGCGCUCGCAGUCGAUUUACUUCAUGCUCACGGAUCGGUUCGCGAGGACGGAUGGGUCGACGACCUCUCCUUGCGAUACUAGUCAAUCGAAAUAUUGCGGUGGUACUUGGAGAGGCAUUAUCAACAAGCUCGACUAUAUCCAGGACAUGGGAUUCACGGCCAUCUGGAUCACACCUGUGACCAAGCAAAUCUCCAAGACAACCAAAUAUGGGGAUGCGUACCACGGCUACUGGCAGCAGGAUAUCGAUUCUCUGAAUUCGAACUACGGCACCGAAGAUGACCUCAAAGAUCUGGCCUCGGCCCUGCACGACCGUGGAAUGUAUUUGAUGGUCGAUGUCGUGGCCAACCAUAUGGGAUAUGCCGGCUCCGGUGACAAUGUCGAUUACAGUGUGUUCAAGCCAUUCGACUCCCAGAAAUAUUUCCACCCCUACUGCAAGGUCUCGAACUAUGACAACCAAACCGAAGUCCAGGACUGCUGGCUCGGCGACUCGACGGUUGCCCUGGCAGACCUGAACACGGAAAGAGAAGAUGUAAAGAAAAUGUGGUACGACUGGGUUAAAUCUCUUGUUUCCAAAUAUUCCAUCGAUGGUCUACGUAUCGACACUGUCAGACACGUCCAAAAGGACUUUUGGCCAGACUUUAACAAGGCUGCCGGGGUCUACUGUGUUGGCGAGGUCUUUGAAGGCGAUGCAGACUAUACCUGUCCUUACCAAAAGGUUAUGGACGGGGUGCUCAACUACCCGAUUUAUUUCCCUCUCCUGAAAGCCUUCCAGUCGACGAGUGGCAGUAUCAGCGACCUCUACGACAUGAUCAACACCGUGAAAUCGAAGUGCGCUGAUUCAACCCUGCUGGGCUCUUUCAUUGAGAACCACGACAAUCCUCGGUUUGCCUCAUACACCGACGAUAUCUCCCUCGCCAAAAACGCCGCCGCCUUCACCAUCAUGGACGACGGAAUCCCCAUCAUCUAUGCCGGUCAAGAACAGCACUACAGCGGCAACAGCGACCCAGCCAACCGCGAGGCCGUCUGGCUGUCCGGAUACAACAAGGACAGCAAGCUGUACAAGCUGAUUGCAGCGACGAACGCGAUCCGAAACCAUGCCAUCAACCACAACGAUAAAUAUUUGGACUACAAGAACUACCCCAUCUACCAAGACAAAUCCACUCUGGCCAUGCGCAAGGGCUACAAGGGCACGCAGACCGUCACCAUCCUUUCGAACCUCGGUGUCCAGGGAAACAAAUACACGCUUUCUCUCUCCGACACGGGCUUCGAUGCUGGCACAAAGUUGACUGAGAUCUAUACCUGUGCUAGCAUUACCGUGGAUGAGAGUGGGAAGGUACCUGUUCCAAUGGCUGGGGGCGAGCCGCGCAUCUUGUAUCCGAGUUCUGAGCUGAAGGGCUCCAAGGUUUGCUCGUGA